AUGGAGGCCCUGCAGAACCCUAUGCCCCUGGGCUCCAGCUCUGAGGAAUCCAUCGGGGAUGAGGCCUGUGGCUCCCAGACCCACGGCCACAGGGCCAGGGGGGCCGGGGCAGCGGCCAGUCUUACCCAGAAAGAGAUCCCUGGCCCUGCGGGAGACCCCCAGGAGAUCCCGAGACAAGAGAAUGCUGAUGUGUCUGCAGAGGGCAGCAGCGUCCGAGGAAGCAGCCCCAGCCGGUGUUCGGACCUGCUUGCUGAGCCGCUGUGCCCCGAGGGUGAAGCGUGGGCACCUGGCACAGGAGACCUGCCCAGCCGGGCGCCCAGGCAGGAGCUGGAACUCAACCAGGAGCUACUGCAGUCCGGGGCGGUCACCCUCCCAGGAACCCGAGACCGUCAGGGAAGAGCGGUGGUGCAGGUCUGUACAAGGGGCCCACUCUGGUCCAGCGAACACAUGUCCAGUGCCGAGCUAACCCGUCUGCUGAAGUACCUCCACACCAUCCCCAGGAAGGAGGUGCGGGAGCUGGGGCUGGUCAUCCUGGUGGACGCACGCAAGAGCCUGGCCGCCCCCGCCCUCUCCCAGGCCCUGGCAGCCCUGCAGUGUGAGCUGGUGGGUUCCCUGAAGGCCCUGCACAGAUUUGUCGACAGCUCCCAGCUGACUGCAGACCUCGAGGGCUCCUUUCCCUACAGCCACGGUGCCUGGAUCUGCUUCCGUCGGAUCUCCCUUCCCUUGGGCAAGGGCAUCUGGAGCUGUGCUACGUUCCUACGGGGACUGGGCGGCGUGUGGGGUGUGCCAAACCCACCCACUUUUAGCUCGGUUGACAGAGCAAGGACGUGGGUCACACUGACGUGUCCAUUAGCGCUAGGCGUGGGAGGACUGGAGGAGGGCUUCCAAGCACGUUUCUCCUACCCCGGGCAGGAGGUCGCAGAGUUGAUCGGCAAGCACAGGGCGGUGAUGAAGCAUGUCCUGGAAGACGCGCGGCUGGUGGCCCUCCGGCUGGACGGCGGCACCAUGCUGGCGCGGCUGAGGAGGGAGGGGCACGGCGCCGGCCACGACCACCAGGACACCAUCGAGGCUGCCUGCAGGCUGUACGACCAAGUAGACGAAGAGGUCCACAGGCUGGUCCUCGCCUCCAACAGGUGUCUGCAGGCACUGGAGGAGCUCCAGGAGCGAGGACACCAGUCAGGGCUCCAGGGGGGAGGUGACCAGCAAUAUCGUCCGAAAGGGCUACGGCUGAUGGAAGAGGACUUGCAAGGUGCAGAGGAAGGGACCCAGGACUUCAGAAGGAGUCUGAGCGCCAAGGCCGGCCUGGCUGAGCGGAGGGAGGGCGAGCUGGCCAGGCAGGCCCUCGGGUCCGAGUUCUGCGAGACGGUGAGCGGGCGGACGCUGCGGUGCAGUCAGUGCCUAGAGCACCCGGACCCAGAGCUGGUCACCGAGGAUCUGAAGCGGUGUCGCCGGCAGGCCGUGCAGAGCUUCCCCAGGGCGAGCGUGGUGGUGGUGGGCCCCGGCGGCCAGUGGGCGCUGCCACGGGGCCAAACCUUGUGGCUGCAGAGCCGGCAGACCCGACGCCACUGGCAAGAGGCCCUUGGAGAAGAGGCCCCGGGCCCUGGCACCCUGCCUCUGGGCUGGAGCCCCCUGAAGCACGAGCUUGCCCAGGGACCCGAGGGGCAGCCCCUUGAGCCUUCCUGGACCCCUCCUGCUGACCCCGAGGGCCGAGCUGGGGAGAAGCACCCCCCGCAGAAAAUUAGGAAGAAAGCACAAAGCUUCGCGACUCCUCAGCUUGACAGUGGCCCCAGGGACUCCCUCCGGCUGGGCCACACUGGGGUCUUCAUCAAAGGCCUGGAGGUGAUCGGCACUGCUGUGGCCUCAGAGAAGCGGCCCCCGCUGAGGCCACGUGCCGAGAGCCCUCGGCUCCCUCGGAACCGGAGUCUGUCCUCUCCCUCCAGGACCCACCCCUCCGAGGAGGAUGGGAAGGGCAAGCUGGAAGCGGCUUCUGUGCAUCUGGGUCAGAGGUCCCUGAGUAAAGCUGACUUUUCAGGGACGCCUUGUGGUAGGUUAGCCGCCGGUGUGCGCCAGAAACCGGUUUUCCCGCAAAUCCCCAGCACAGCCUUCCUGGCAGAGGGCUCCCUGCUGCGGGCUUUCCGAAGGGAUCUCUCUUCUGAAAAGGCCGUGGUCGGCAGCGUGGAAACGUCGCCACAGCUUUCCUUCUGCUGUGACCUCCCUGCGCUCCGCUACGCCAGAGGAGCGCCUCCAGUACCGCAGCCGACGCAGCACGUGAUGGCCGAGAUGAUCUCCACGGAGAGGCAGUAUGUUAGGUCCUUAGGAUAUGUCAUCGACAACUAUUUUCCAGAAAUGGAAAGGACGGACCUGCCCCAGGACCUCCGAGGGAAGCGCAGCGUCAUUUUCGGGAACUGGGAGACUCUCUACGCCUUCCACCACGGGCGCUUCCUCCCGGGGCUGGAGCACUGCCGGCACGGCCCCUGGGCCGUGGGCCACGCGUUCCUGAGAUAUGAGGAGCAGCUUGGCAGGAACGCGCUGUACAGCAAGAACAAGCCCGGGCGGACGCCCUGCUCUGCAGCCAUGAACAAGCAGCAGGAGCUGGGUGACAAGAUGGACCUGGCCUCCUACUUGCUGAAGCCCGUGCAGCGCGUGUGCAAGUACGCACUGCUGCUCCGGGCCCUGGUCCAGGAGGCUGGCGGCUGCCCCGCCCGUGAGCAGGCGCUGGGCGAGCUGAGGGCCAUAGGACAGGCCUGCGGGGAGGCGCCCACACUUGAGACCCCCCAGACCCCCGCCCAGAGGGAAGGGAACGCCCGGGAGAGGCUGCUGGGGCGGGAGCCACGGGAGGAGAGGCAGGUGGAUCUGAAGGAACAGGGGUGGCUGAUAUGCCAGGACGAGUUCCUCGUUUGCUGCCGAGGGAAGAAGCACCUGAGGCGCGUGUUCCUGUUUGAAGACCUCAUCCUGUUCAGCAAGACCCAGAAGGUGGACGGAGGCCACGACGUGUACGCGUGCGAGCAGUCCUUCAAGAUGGCACAGAUCAGGAUGACGGAGAACGUCGGGGACAGUGGCUUGAGGUGUGAGAUCUGGUUCCGCAGGCGGCGGAAAUCCCAGGACACCUACAUUCGCCAGGCGAGCUCCGCGGAGGUCAAGACCUCCUGGACGGACGUGAUAGGGAAGGUCCUGUGGUGGCAGGCUCUGCGGAGCCGAGAACUCAGGACACAGGAGAUGGUGUCCACUGGGAUAGGCAGCAAGCCAUCCAUGGACGUCAAGCCCAGCAACGCGGCCAUAAGCGACCGGGCCAUCAGUUACACCGGGAAGGGAACAGAGGCACGGACCCGAGCGUCCACAGCUGUGCCCUCCUGUGACCACACCGCCCCCCUCAAGAGACUGCACUCCACCCUCUCAGACAGCAGCACGUCCUCCUCCAGCAGCCGGUCCUCCUCUGCCCGGGGGCCGCUGCCCCCCGCCCGCGCCCACAAGUCCCGCCCGCUACCCCUGUCCGUGCGGCGUGCACACCUGCACGGAGCAGGAGACCGGGAAUUCCGAAUCUUCCCACCGCCCGUCAGGGGACAGCGGCCCCAGCCUCGCAGGCCGUCCCUGCCGCUUGCGGAGCUGUCGUCCGACGAGGACUGCACGUCCCAGGUUCUGGGGCGAUGCCUCCGGCCCCCUCCUGGGCAGCACCAGAAGGGGAGGACAAAACCCCUCACGUCUCGGGCGUCUGGACGGUGGUUUGACUGGAAGGCCACAAGCUCCACCGUGAUCCCUGAGGCGCUGGGCACGCUGCCACCACCCAGGCUGCUCGACCGUGAUGCCCUGUGA